AUGACGACAGACCUCCCGAAAUACUUCUCGCCCAAGCGCAAACGAGAAUCUUCCGAGUCCGAUUACUACAGUCCAUCGGCAUCCCCGACAUCAACGGUCUCUAUCGCGAGUCUGCAAGAAACUAGGUUUCGGGAGGAGGAGGUCGGACGCCACAGCCCUCGAGCCGCAGUGGCGGGUCGAUUUGGGGAACUAGCAAUCCGGGGUGAACGUCUCACGAACCUGGGGCAUCUAAAUGCAGACGUUCCCCCCGAGCCAAGUAUAAUACCACCAGAACAAGGGAUUAGCGCCACAGGCAAGCCCAGGAAUAUGCCCGGGGCUUGGCCAGCCGACAAUGAGGCAAGUAAGGUGCCUGACUACCAGACGACACCUGAGCUGCUCACCCCAUAUACAAAUGAUACCCCUACUGCCCCAUCUGUAUCUCCAUCCAAAAGGAAUUCACUACACCCGCGCAAACAGCUUCAACCCAGCUCUCCAUCAAAACACCGCAAGCAACGACUUUCACCCCCUCCUGCCGAUGUGUCGAAGGAAGACCCUUUCACCUGGCAUGAUUAUGAGAUAACGGGGCAUGAUCCAACGGAUCCCACGGACGACGGCUAUGGGAUCAAUGGUGUAGGUUUUAAGCCUACUGCGGCGAUUGCGUGGGCACGGUCUCAAAAACGGCAGAAGCAAGUCGCCGAAUGGAAGACUCGUGAAGCACGAGAGGCUCGGGAGAAGCGGAGACAACGACGACAUGAGAGCGAGAACCUGGACAGAGUCCAAGGCUUCCGACAAAGCUCCAUCCCGAAACGUGUCAAAUUCGAUGUCGAAGCCGAAAUAUCUAGCAGGAAUAUUUCCCCAUCAUAG